UCCCUCUCUAGAUGGCGUCAAGUGACUCGCGCCUCCAACAGCUGCCGUCCCAGAAGGAUGCGGCUGACCAGAACUUUGACUACAUGUUCAAACUGCUGAUCAUCGGCAACAGCAGCGUGGGGAAAACGUCUUUCCUCUUCCGCUACGCAGACGACUCCUUCACCUCAGCCUUCGUCAGCACCGUGGGCAUUGACUUCAAAGUCAAGACCGUCUUCCGCAAUGACAAAAGGAUCAAACUGCAGAUCUGGGUGAGGGUUUUCAUUUUCCACUUUUGGAACGUGCAAAUAUGAACACACAAACUGGUU